CCGGCGUCUCGGCGCCUGGGUCACGUGCUGGGGGCAGCGGGAAGGCGGCGUUCUGGUUUCCUGGGCCCCUGUCCGCCAUGUUUUCAGGCCGGCUGAGCGUCGGUGUUUCCCCGUGAGGAAAUGGCCGGGGAGUUUCGGGGAGCCCAGGCGCCGGGGCCUCGGCGGAGCCCAGGCUGACCCGGAGCGGUUGUGCGCGGGGCGGGAGGCCAUGGCGUCCGGCAGUAACUGGUUGUCCGGCGUGAACGUCGUGCUGGUGAUGGCCUACGGGAGCCUGGUGUUCGUACUGCUGUUUAUUUUUGUGAAGAGGCAAAUCAUGCGCUUUGCAAUGAAAUCCCGAAGGGGACCUCACGUCCCCGUGGGACACAACGCCCCCAAGUUACAAGAAGAAAAAUCUGCUGGGGCUCUGGCAGCCCUUUUAAGUGAGAGAGAUGGACGUGGACUUAACAGUGGUUGCUUCGGGGACUUGAGAGAGGAGAUUGACAUUCGGCUGUCCAGGGUUCAAGACAUCAAGUAUGAACCUCAGCUCCUUGCAGACGGCGAUGCGAGACUGCUCCAGCUGGAAGCCCAGGGAAAUCAGAGCUGCUACAACUACCUGUACAGGAUGAAAGCCCUGGACGCCGUCCGCGCCUCUGAGAUCCCGUUUCAUGCUGAAGGCAGGCAUCCCCGUUCCUUAAUGGGCAAGAAUUUCCGUUCUUACCUGCUAGAUCUCCGGAACACUAGUACUCCUUUUAAGGGUGUGCGCAAGGCCCUCAUCGACACCCUGCUGGAUGGCUAUGAGACAGCCCGCUAUGGGACGGGGGUCUUUGGGCAGAGUGAGUACCUGCGCUACCAGGAGGCCCUGAGUGAGCUGGCCGCCGUGGUCAAAGCACGAAGCGGGAGCUCUCAGAGACAGCACCAGUCAGCCGCCAAAGACCUAACCCAGUCUCCCGAAGUCUCCCCGACAACCAUCCAGGUGACCUACCUCCCUUCCAGUCAGAAGAGUAAACGUGCCAAGCACUUUCUUGAACUGAAGAGCUUUAAGGACAACUAUAACACACUGGAAAGUACUCUGUGACGGGCUGACGGACACUGCUCCUGCUGCUGGUGGCCUCAGGUCAUCUGGCCGGUGGGCGCCAGUCAGCCGAAGUCCCACUUCAUCCAGAGCUCGCCUAGAGGAUCAUUCUCCAACCUGUUCUUACGGCCAGUUUCAGAGAAUUGGUUAGGACUUGAUUUUCCCUUGGUAGCACUUUUUUCUGGAGUUGAAUUCAGAUGUUUUUCCUAAUGUUUCCAUCAUGGCUUCCUUAAAAAUCCUCACUUGGUUUUGA